UCACUCAGACUUUCUCUCCACCCAACGAGAUCUGGGAUGGAGGUGCAAACAUGAGCCAGACAGGGAAGGACUUAGCAAAUCACUUCAAUUCUACUCCUCUGGAGAAAGCCGGAGCAACUCUGUGAAAAAAGUUGUCUUAAGAAAUUUCUUCCCUCUAUUCCCUCCUCUUUAAAGAGUAACUCAGAACCACAACUGAAUAGACAGGGUGCUCCUGAACACUGCAGAGGAGACAAGAGAUCGCAUGCUGAAUGAGAGAGACCUCUUCUUGGCGCCGAGCACAGGAAGAUUUUUGGGAUUGUUUCUGGGGAACUGUGCAUUUUGGAAUUGGAUUGAUUCUUCCCACAUUCCUCAGCUGUUCUAGUCAUGGUAAAGCAGUUAUCGAUUCCUGAAAGUUGUUGAAUUCUGAAAACACCCAUCCAAUGCCUCCGGACAACCAACGGGGACCGGGAGAACUUCGGAAAUGAAUUUUCUGAACCUGUAUGAAGAUGCCCUUUUCACAAGGAAGUGAGAAUUAACAUUUUUUUUCCUUAAAGAAAGAAACAAACUUGGGUUUCUGCAACCCACCUCUCUGGAAUCUGGCUUGACUCUUUUUUUUUCAAACUUUUGGGAAGAACACCAUGAGGAAGCUGCUGUUUCUUUUCUGUUGGUAUUCGUGGAUACUUUUUUUGUUUUUGGAAAAGCAGGCAUCUGGAAAUUAUCCACCAGCACAAGGACAUCCAGGGUUUGAGGUGUUAGCAUCCGCUUCUCAUUACUGGCCACUGGACACCGUGGAUGGAAUUCAUGAGUUUCAGGAUACAACAGAAGCAUUAAGAAACCACAACUUCACUGUGCUUACCUCCCAUAAUUCUACCUUUGUAUAUACCAAUGACUCUGCCUACUCUAACUUCUCUGCAACCGUAGACAUUGUAGAAGGGAAAGUCAGUAAAGGCAUUUACAUCCCAAAGGAGAGAGGAGCGAUGUUGCUGUACUACAAAGCCUCUUGCAUUAGUAACCCAACCCUGUGUGACCCUGAAGGAGUCACGUUUUCAUUUUUCUGGAAGAUCCAGAGAGAGCAGCCCAGGACAGCCCUUCCAGCCUAUGGAGGGCAGGUUAUUUCCAGUGGAUUCAAGGUCUGCUCCAGUGAAGGAAAAGGCUCUGUGGAAUUUUACACCCAUGAGAAUUCCAUGAAGUGGGAGGCCAGCUUCAGCCCACCAGGUCCCUAUUGGACUCAUGUCCUAUUUACAUGGAAAUCCAAGGAAGGCCUGAAAGUCUAUGUCAAUGGGACCCUGAACACAACAGACCCAAGUGGAAAAGUAUCUCAUACCUAUGGGGAGCCCAACGUCAACCUGGUGAUCUGCUCUGACAGAGACCAACCUAAGAACUAUGAGAAUGGUGCUUUCGAUGAGUUCAUUAUCUGGGAGCGAGCCCUGACACCCAGUGAAAUCAGGAUGUAUUUUACAGCUGCCAUUGGAAAGCAAGUAUUUCUUUCUACCACACCUCCCACUGCUGCAACCAACAUGAAGGUCUCCACUGAUGUCUAUUGUCCCAUCAUCAACAACUUGAAUGAGCAAAGAAGCAAUUCUGAACGAGAAGGGACCAUGUUGAGCUACCUUCAAAACAUGUCGGUCAGCUUACCCAAUGAGUCUCUGUCUAAGGAUACUGCCUUCAAUUUCACUGAGGCCUUCUUAGAAACUGUGGGAGAGGUACUUAAAUUCCCAAGUUGGACAGACACACAUGAGAAACCUUCUUUCGGGGUGAGUUUGAUUGACACUGUGGACAAAGUUCUGUGGCACAUAGCUUACAACCUGCAGAUGUACAAAAUGGCUGUUACCAUCCAAGGCUCAUCUUCGGUAGCAGAGUAUUCAUUGGCCAAAGUGCCCCCAGCGACGAUGACAUCUCAUCACUACCGCUUUCCCACCCAGGGACAGAGCUACAUUGAAAUUCCUCGGGAGGCCUUCCAUAGCAAAGCCUGGACUACCAUCGUCGGCCUCCUCUACCACACAAUGCACCGUUGUUUCAACAAAAUCCAGCCUACUGACACAAAGAUUGUUGAAGCAGUCAACUACAAAAAGCACUUGAUACUAGCUACCAGUUACCUUAUUUCUCUGAAGGUAGAACCACCACCAGUACUGUCCCAGAACUUGUCAGGAUCACCUCUGAUCACUAUCCGGCUCACACACACCCUGAGUCGGGAGCAAUACAGUGAUGUAACAAAUAAAAGCAACCAGAUUUUCCUUUACUGUGCAUUUUUGGACUUCAGCUCCGGAGAAGGCAUCUGGUCUAACCAAGGCUGUGUCCUCACAGAAGGGAACCUCAACUACUCCAUCUGUCGUUGUAAUCACCUCACCAACUUUGCUAUUCUGAUGCAAGUGGUACCUUUGGAGCUGACCGAAGGACACCAGGUGGCGCUCUCAUCCAUCAGUUAUGUUGGCUGCUCCCUCUCCAUCUUCUGCCUGACCAUCACCCUGGUCACGUUCGCUAUGCUGUCCUCAGUCAGUACCAUCCGAAACCAGCGCUACCACAUCCAUGCCAACUUGUCCUUUGCCAUUCUGGUGGCCCAGAUCUUACUUCUCAUCAGUUUCCGAUUUGAGCCAAGAACAAUCCCUUGCAAGGUCUUAGCAGUGCUGUUACACUUCUUCUUCCUGAGUGCCUUCGCUUGGAUGCUGGUGGAAGGUUUGCAUCUUUACAGCAUGGUGAUCAAGGUGUUCGGCUCAGAGGAGAGCAAGCAUCUCUACUACUACGUCAUUGGUUGGGGUUCUCCACUUGUGAUCUGCAUCAUUUCUGUAUCUUCCAGCAUGAACAACUAUGGAGAAAAUCUCAAUUGCUGGUUGUCCUUGGGGAAUGGAGCCAUCUGGGCCUUUGUGGCCCCAGCCCUGUUUGUCAUCAUGGUCAACAUUGGCAUUCUCAUUGCUGUGACCAGAGUCAUCUCCAGGAUCAGCGCAGAGAACUACAAGGUCCAUGGAGAGGCGAAUGGUUUUAAGCUGACGGUCAAAGCAGUAGCAGUCCUCCUGCCCAUCCUGGGGAGUUCCUGGAUUUUUGGUGUGCUUGCCGUGAAUAACCAUGCCAUUGUGUUCCAGUACAUGUUUGCAGUGUUUAACUCUUUACAAGGAUUUUUCAUCUUUCUAUUUCACUGUCUCCUGAAUUCUGAGGUGAGAGCUGCCUUUAAGCAUAAAACCAAGGUCUGGUCCCUUACCAGCAGUUCUAUUCGGAACAUCAAUGUGAAGCCGUUCAACUCCGACAUUAUGAAUGGAACCCGGCCGGGAACAACUCCUACCAAACUCAAUACCUGGGACAAGAGCAGCAACUCAGCCAACCGCAUCGACUUGUCAGCGGUGUGACCCAGGGUCAGCUUCCCUUCACCCUGAAAAGCCUGCCACAUCUUUGGGACUCAGCCCCCACCAGAGCCCCAUCCAAAUAUUUUCACAGAUAUUGUUAGUAUGAUCCUUUCUCCUCAUCACUGCCUGGGAAAUGGAAACUGGCUGUCUUGCUUAUUGGAUAGCUGGCCAUCUCCUUAUGUUCACUCUCUUGUGUUUAAUGGAGCUCACCCCUUGGUGUAGAAUGCAGAGUAACUCUUGCCCUGGGGUACACUGGAUAGCUUACUCAGUGAUGGGAACAGUAGAUAGAAGGAAAGAAAAAAGAACACAACCCCGCCACCUGCCCCUACGCUGCUGCUGUCUGAAACCAGGAGCUGCAUGGCUACCAUGAACACAGGCCUCCUGAAGGACAUGCUUCAGCUUCAGAAAGAAAAGAAUGAAGAUAAAAUACUUCAUGUUGAAAGUCUGAAGUCAGUCUUCUGGCUUUUUUCUGCAUUCUCUGUUUGCACCUGAGGAAGCCAAUCAUCCUAGGGGUGAAUAUGCAGAAUACCAAAGACCAAGGCAAAGAAAAGGAAAUCCAUCUGAAUACCACCAGGACUCUGUGCUGAGAAGAGAGAGAGAGGGAGCUCUAUUCAGCCUUUCAUACUGUACUGGAGGCUCAAGCUCAAGGGAACUAAGACUUUUGUCAUGUUAUCAAGAAAUGCUGGGGUUCACACAAAUACACAUAGUAGCCAUCCACACUUAGGUAGAUGAUAGGUGUAUAUGAGCUACAAUCUAUGUAGGAUAUCAUAUGUACAUACACGACAUCUACACACUCACAGCCAUUAACAUAAACACAGCAUUUACAUCAACCUGCUCAUAUUAUCCUCAAAUCUGUGCAAAAUUAAAGCUUGACUCAGAAUUCAGAAGGAUGUUACUAGUCUGGAUGACAGCCACUUCAUUUUCCUGAUUGCCUUUCCUUCUUACAACUAUCUGUUGACCCCAACAUCUGCCUAAAGAUUCUGCCUAUCAGAACCUUCCAGUUGUAGCUACCUUUAUCCAUUAGAAUGGGGGCUCCUUGAGGGCAGGAAUUGUUUCACUUUAGUCUUUGAUAUCUAUCCUUCAGUGCCUGUCUGUUCAUUUGACUUACCCCAUGGUCACAGGGCUUAUGAGUGUUAAGUGUUGUCAGGACAAUGACAUCCAAUUCUAAAAUAACCCAGCAGCAAAUAACAAAGGAGAUGAGAUCACAGCAAAAUCUGUGGGUAGUCUCCAUAACUUCCAUUCAUAAACACCUUUGGAGGCCUUGGGAAUUCUUGUUGGUCUCCACCUGUGUUCUGUGAGGCAAAAGGGACAGAAUGGCUUUUGGUCUAGCAUUUUCCAAUGGUUUCUGCCACUCACUAUGCCCCUACAUGAGGUUUUACAGUUAAACAUAUUCUGACAUUUCUAUUUCCAAAGUGUAUUUCCCAUAAACCACCACUAGGGGCAUCUUUCACCGCUUUUUGAGAACUUUUGGGUGGGGCUAUAUUAAAUUACCAUCGUGAGCAGAGCUUUCAGGUCACUCUAAGUUACCAUUUAAUGUCAUAGAUGGGUAUUGAACUUGGAGUCAGCAGAGCCCUGGGUUCAAAUUCUGUUUCUCACACUUACUAGUGUUACGUUCAUGGCAAGUCACUUUCCAGAACUUUUGUUUCCUAAUUUAGAUAUGACAAUAGAAUGGAAAUUCCAGCUGAAUUCAGCACGUGGUAGAAAGACUUUUGGGCUCGGAGUAAGGGAGACCUGGGUUCAAAUCCCACCUCUGAGUCUUACUAUUUGUGUGAUCCUGGACAAGUCACAUGACCCACCCAAGUCUCAGUUUCCUCAUCUAUAGAAUAGGAAUAACUAUACCUCAUAUUGCCUGUGAGGAUCAAAUGAGCGAAUGCAUGUAGAGUGCUUUGCAAACCUGCUAAUCUUAAAGGUCUAUUUAAACAUCAGCUACCACCAUGAUCAGUGUCUAUGUCUCCCUGUCACUAAAUAGUGAAUCCAUGAUAGGUCAAGUCUUUGAUACUGUGCUUCCUUUCCAUUUGGCCAACAGGACCAGAGAAGGGGGGGGGGCAAUGGAGCAUGUGAUGUGAACAUGGCUGCAUCUUCUGCUGUGAACGUGAAUUGAAUGGAUGGGCUUUGACUCAAUCCUUUUGGAAAUGGCAAUAAUUGUUACAAUGAUGUCUGUGGGAUAGGCCCUUAUGGAAGACGAGGGCUUUAACGAAUAAGUGUGAUCCAUUGGGAAGCGUGCAAACCAAAUACCAGAGAAUCAUACUGUGAUGACGGAGCUCCAAAUGUUUAUGAAACGUAUGGGCAAGAUAUUUAAACCUAUUUUUGAUACUAGAAGAUGAUUUUUCUUUUCAAACUGUGACCAUGGAUGGAUAGAGAUUGGAACCCAUUCCCUUUUCCUCUUUGCUGUAUGACAAGGCAAGUGAUGCUAGGGGUGAAACGAAUGAGUCCAGUUCAGUAAGUUAUUAACAGUUGCAGACUGUGUUUUUCUUUUUGCGUGCUUGACUCUUUCUUGUUGGUUGUACUGCGUAGGAUAUAGAGCAGACCCUUCGGCAAUAUGGCAAUAACCUGUUCAAUAAACUUGAAGAAUGUGUCAUUUUGUUAGUGCAGUGGUCUCCCCCCACUGAUGCAAAUCACAGCCCCACUGUAACUUAUCUUUGAGUGUUGCUAUGAUUUAAAAAAAAUAUCACCUUGGGGCCAACCUUAAGGGUCAAAUACCCCAUUGCUUCAAUGCAUCUCUGUUCUCAUCCAUAUGGACCUUCAUCCUUUUAAUUAGCAGAAUUGGAAUCCACCCAUGCCUAGCCUUCCUGAACAACUCUUCUCCAUCAUCUCCAGAAAAUCAGCUGACAGUGGGGAGGGUGUGCACUCAUAUACUAAGGGCUUUCUUCCCUUUGCCAUUGUUUGGGUACCAAUGGAGUUUCCAGGCUUGUCAGCAGUCAUACUCCCCUCUUGCAAUCACAACCAAGGAAAUGCAAUUAGACAAAUGUUAGCCUAUCAUUAAGGGUCAAAUUUUGUUUUAUCCAGGGAGGGAUAGUGUUUGUUUUAAUGCAGCUCCCUAAUGCAUACUCAAUAAAUGAUGAAGAUAUGAUUUAUUAUACUUUUCAAUGGGACAGAUGUAUUAAAAUGAGGAAUGAGGUGUUCUCUGUAUAUGCUGAGACCUCGUUGCCAUAUCAAGGUGUCUUCCUUUACUUUCCCUCACUCUAUGAUUCAAUGAAAUAGAUUUUUCUACAGCCUAUCCUAUGUUUUCCCCCUAUGGCUUGAGAUUGGAAUGGCUUAUAAAGAAAUGGUGUAUCCUCAUUAUGUGUAUGAGUGAAACUAGAAGUUAGAACACUGUAUUAUGAUUUUGGAAGUUGGAGUUUUUGCUUCUUUAGUUUCUGAUUAACCAAAAGAUAGUAAGGAUAUGAUCUUGCCUUAGCUUGAUUCUGUUUCUUUGGUCUAAGACUUAUCUCCCAUUUUCUCUGAGUCUGGCUGAUUUACCCAGAGAGAAACAAUCAGUUCAGAUUUUCUAAACCUUUCUGUCUUAAGAAAUAAAAAUAGUGCAACAUAUUUAUGGGCAUGUAUAUUUUGGCUUCUGCUAUAUUUCAUCAGUGAAGCAUAAUUUGGCCAAAGAUGAAAUUGAAAUCGAAGGAAUUGUGACUUUGUAAUAGAUUACAUCACGUAAGUGGUAAUAAAUGCCAGUAAGGAAUAAAAUUAUGCUUUUUUUUUCCAAAUAAAAAUAAGUCUUCAUUUCCUGUUA